AAACUAGAGGGAAAAGGGAAAAAGAAAGAGAAACAAGAGAUGAUCGUGACUAUGACCAGGAGCAGAGUACCUCCAGGGAUCAUAGAGAUGACAGAGAAUCUCGUGAUGGAAGAGAUCGGAGAGAGACAAGAGACAACAGAGAUCGGAGGGAGCCAAGGGAAUCCAGAGACACUCGAGACUCCAGAGAUACGAGGGAUUAUAGCAGAGAUACCAAAGACAGUCGUGACCAGAGAGACUCACGUUCCACACGGGAUUCCCAUGACUACAGAGACAGAGAGAGUCGCGAUACCCAUAAGAAGGACGACCAGUACCAGGAUGAUUCACGCAGCUAUGGAAGAUCCCAUGGCAGAGAGGAGAGCUCUCGUGCUGAAACAAGGAAUGACUCCAGAAGUGACUCCAGAAAUGAGAGCAGAAGUGACAGAACUGGCAGAAGUCGAGGCAGAGGUCCAGAAUUGUCUGACAAGG